AUGGUUGGCUCUAAGACUGUUAUCUCUGCAUUGGCCCUGUCAGCUCUCGCCGCUGCUGCCCCGGCUCCUACCAAGACAACUCAGUUCUCUAUCAACCAGGUCGCGGUCAAGAAGCCUGCAGUUCACCCAGCUGCCAAAUACGCUAAGGCUCUGGCCAAGUACGGUGCUACUGUCCCUGACUAUGUUGCCUCAGCUGCUGCCUCCUCUCAGUCCGGCUCUGCCACCAACACCCCCAUUGAUGGUGAUGAGGAAUACGUUACCCCUGUCACCGCUGGUGACAGCACCCUGAACCUCGAUUUCGACACUGGUUCUGCUGAUCUAUGGGUCUAUACCUCUUCAACCGACGGAGCACCUUCGGACGCCAACUACUACACUCCCAGCGCUGACGCUAAGAAGCUGUCUGGUUACACUUGGAGCAUCUCAUACGGAGAUGGCAGCUCCGCCAGCGGUGAUGUCUACAAGGACACCGUUGUUGUUGGCGGUGUCACUGCGACUGCCCAAGCUGUUGAAGCUGCCGAGACUGUCAGCUCCGAAUUCUCCGAGGACACUGGCAGCGACGGCCUUCUCGGUCUGGCUUACUCUUCUAUCAACCAGGUUGAGCCUAUUGCCCAGAAGACUUUCUACUUCAACGUCAUCGACUCCUUGGAAACCCCAGUUUUCGCCGUCACCUUGAAGCACAACGAGCCUGGCACUUACGACUUUGGCUUCAUUGACUCUUCCAAGUACACCGGCGACCUUACCUACGCUGACAUCAACACUAGCGAGGGUUACUGGCUUUUCGAUGUUGACGGUUACUCUGUUGAGGGCGGUUCUUCUUCUUCCGACUCCUUCGAGGCUAUUGCCGACACUGGUACCACCCUUCUCAUGCUUUCCGACGACGUUGUCAAGGCAUACUACGACCAAGUCUCCAGCGCCAAGCACUCCAUUCUCGAGGGAGGCUACGUCUUUGACUGCGAUGCCACUCUUCCAGACCUCAGCCUCACCAUCAACGGCUACACUGCUACCGUCCCUGCCGAGUACUUGAACUACGCCUCUGUCAGCGACAGUCUCUGCUACGGUGGUCUCCAGUCCGCUGGUCUUCUUGGCUUGAACAUUCUUGGCGAUGUUUUCCUCAAGAGCCAGUACGUCGUUUUCAACGGCGAGGACAACAAGAUUGGCUUUGCCCCUCAGGCCUAA